GGUCCUCGUCAAAAUCGUCAUAACAUAACGAGGAUUUUAAGAUUGAUCCUUUUGUUGCUCCGGCUCAGAACCGAAUAAACCAAACUAAACUGAACUGGAUUGGAAGGAAACGAACAGAACUAGAUAAUUAAUAUCUGAAUGAUUUUUUUAAAAAAAUAUGGGAAUAAAAAGAGCUAAAGCUUCUCUCUCUCUUCUCUCUCACAAAACCUUCAGAGAGGGAAAGCUUUUUGUCUCCACCUACAAGAAUUUUCCGAUGAUAGCCGUUCCAAAUAAUUUGGGCUUUUGCCCGGUAUCUUCUAGCUCUUUUAGUGGAGAUGACCGGUUCCCGUACGGCAAAUCCUGCUUUCAUAAGAGGUUUUGGCCGCUUGUAUCCUUGCUCGUAGUCAAUCAGUUUUAUGCUGAUUGCUUUGAUAUUUUAGUUUUGUUUUUCAAUAAAUCUCAACAGAUUUGAGAUGGUAAUUAGUUUUAGGUGCUAGUUACUUAAGAUUAAUUUCUGUCUUGUGUCUUUAGAAACUUCGAUUUGCAGAAAUCUAUCAAGCGAUUAUGUCUUCGGGUUGAAAGAUUGAAGAAUAUUCCGAUGCUUAUUAUGAUUCCUUUUUGCUGUGUCUUUUAAAUGGAGCACCGUUCAGUUUUAUUUCGGUGGUUACAAGGAUUCAUUGUGCGAUGUUUCGGCGAUGCAUUCCUCACCGGAUUCGGUGUUCAUCGGCGGCGAAGGUUGAUGUCGGUACACUUCCGAUGACUCUUCAUCUUGUGUUGCAGUUGUAAUAUCACGUGGACACGUGUAUUGGAUAGAGUCCAAAUGUCAAAACAUCUUUAUGCCGUAGAUGUUAAUCUUAUGGGCUAUGUUGGGCCUAACUUUUCUUUCUGCACAUAUCGUUGUAAGCUUUAAUGCUUUGUUUCCUCUUUUGGUGGUUAAUAUAAUACACUUAUGAGAAGAAAAAAAAAAAAUAUGGGAAUAAAAUUAAAAAUAAAUUAAAAAUCUAGUGAAUGUCAG